AUGAGCUCAGAAGAUUGCGCCACUGUCCUCGAACAGUUCGUUCACGAUGUUGCAAAUCUGCCUGCAGAAAUCACGCAUUUGAUGGAAGAGGUUCAAGCAAAGGAUAGAGUCAUUCAAGAGUGUCGCACAACGAUUAAUUCCCGCGACAACAGCAUUCAGAAAUUCAUCAAACUCAACGGCAGUCUCGCACCCAACCCGAAAGAGGAACAGUACAGUAAAACAAUCCUGCAGAAUCUGGACCGAUGCCAAACCCUACAAGACGAAAAGAUUCAGCUUAGCGAAAAAGCAUGCGUUCUACUCGAUCGUCAAAUCAAAAAGCUUGACUUCAAGAUCCGCGAUCUCGUAAGCGACGGAAUACUGUCUAAUGACCCGCCACUCCCAUCGCUCUUUGACAAUAAGAUCCAAUAUGGCGAUCUUCCUGCCGCGUUUUUGCACGAGCAUACCUCGAGUGAAACUCCGAGCACAUCCUACACACCUCUUAAUCCAACAUCUGGCAAUGCGAUUACGCCUCUUGCCGUUGCGCAACGAAUCAACCAAUCCAGCUCUCGCGCUCCUUCCGCAAACCCUCUAGCCACCCAAACACCAAGCCGUAACUCGGCCCCAUCCACACCGACUGCAGCGGCUCUGCAUCUCCAGCAGAGACAUCGCGAGUCAUCCGCCGGCGCCGUCGAUAGCAAACGAAGGCGUUUGAAUGCGUCUCUCGGCACACUUCCCGCAGCACCUUCAAACCUUCGCCAAUCAUCCUUGGGCCCAGGAACGCCAAAGGCCGGUACGCCUGCUGCAAGCCGUGCGGGUAGUGCUGGGCCUCGUACGGGUGGCGUGACCAAGAAAGCGGCUACGAAGAAGAUUGCACCACAUCAGCAAGUCAAGAAGAUCAAAUCCAGCAGCAAUGGCAAGCUAGUGAAACGGUCAUCCAGCGUCGGAGUAAGAGUCAAACUCGGCAAUAAGCAGUCGCCUUCUGCUGGCGGUGGGGAUGAAGAGGAUGACGAGUCUAUGCUCAGCAGUGCCGACGGUUCUGAGUCUGAAAACGCUAGCGUUUCGCGUCGCCACGCACAUGGUCUAAGUCUUGAUUCUGACGACGAAAUGGAAGAUGAAGAAGACGAGGGAGGUGAAGAUACUAAGGUAUACUGCACUUGCCGAAGUGUUAGCCAUGGGGACAUGGUAGCUUGUGAUAACGAUAAUUGUCCUUACGAGUGGUUCCACUGGAAGUGUGUCGGGCUGACUAGGGAGCCAUUGGGAACAUGGUAUUGUGUCGAAUGCAGACAGACGUUGGGAAAAUGA